CUGUGGUCAGGUGGCUGUGGGGUUCCCUCUUUUUUUCUUCCCCCGCCCGGUGAGGGCCGGCUCUGCGGUAGCGUUGGUGGAGGCGAAUUCCCGGCUGGGAAAGUUUGCGUCGGAGCGCCGCAGCCCCGGCAGAGCGGCCGGGCCGUGCAGGCAUGGCCGGCGGGGAAGGGCCGGUGUCCGGCGUGGCGGAGGGCCGGGAGCACCUCUUCAAGGUGCUGGUGAUCGGGGAGCUGGGUGUGGGCAAGACCAGCAUUAUCAAGCGCUACGUGCACCAGCUCUUCUCCCAGCACUACCGGGCCACCAUCGGGGUGGAUUUUGCUCUCAAAGUCAUCAACUGGGACAGCAAGACCCUGGUGCGGCUGCAGCUAUGGGACAUCGCAGGCCAGGAGCGUUUUGGAAAUAUGACAAGAGUAUACUACAAAGAAGCAGUUGGUGCUUUUGUGGUCUUUGAUGUCACAAGAGGCUCCACUUUUGAGGCUGUUUCAAAAUGGAAGCAUGAUUUGGACAGUAAAGUACUUCUUCCCAAUGGCAGCCCCAUCCCUGCUGUUCUUCUUGCAAACAAGUGUGACCAGAAGAAAGACAGCAGCCAGAAUCUCUCUCAAAUGGACCAGUUCUGCAGAGAAGGUGGCUUUAUUGGAUGGUUUGAAACAUCUGCCAAGGACAACAUCAACAUAGAUGAAGCUGCUCGAUUCUUGGUGGAAAACAUCCUUGCCAACUAUAAAACCUUUCCUAAUGAAGAGAAUGAUGUGGGGAAACCAAAACUGGACCUAGACCCAUUGAAAGCAGAGAGUAAAUCACAGUGCUGCUAAUGCUACCACUGUUUGACAAAUGCGAUGGAAUGAGCAGCAAGACUGUUCCUUAAAUCAAACUGCUGCUAUGGUGCUGCCUUGUGACAAUCCAUAUGGGGUGUCUGGUAUUAUCUGAACAGGUGAUUCUUGCGGGUGUUUACAUACUCAGUUUCAUGCUAAACAGGAGUAUCUUGAGUUCUCACUCCUCUUGCCUGAGUGGCUGCAUCUAAGUCUGAUUAGUUGCUUACUUGAGAACAUAAGGUAGUGUUUACACUCCUAAAAAGGAACAAAGACAACGCUGUCUACUUCGCAUUCUAGGAUAUAUGCUACAUUCCAAGUAGGACUCACUCAUGGCUUUAGCUGAACAGACACUUGCACCUCUACUGAAUAUUUUUCUUUUGUCACAAAUAAUGUCCUACUUUAGCCUGACUUCUCACCUAUACACUUGUUCCUAUCUGUCUCCACUAUGAGGUUCUGUCUCCUUGCUAGCUAUCUUGGAUCAAGACAUUCAGGAAAUCUUGAAGGGGCCAAUAUCAUCACUGGUGUGUCCACCAGGACCAAGUGGAGUAGGCUGCUUUCACCACUGUGUAAGAACAAGAUAGGUGAAGGUAAAUGAUUGUAUUUAAUGGGAAAGACAAUGUUAUAUGCAUAUUUAACAUCUUCAGCUAUUUAAAGAUAUUACUUUCAGCUAAUACUUUACCUGGGGAACACAUUAAUGAAUACAGUUGCGUUUCUGUCAUGCUUAUAGUAAUUUUACCCAUAUCACACCUAGAAAUAAACGUCCAGAAAUCUUUUCAUGCACUAACACCAAAAAAAUUAGCAAGAGUAGGUAAAAUAAGUGUCUUGUUGUCCUGUGACAAUGAACUUUUUUUACCUUCUGCCUGGAGAUGGCUCUAAAUACUUUGAGGAAGCCUUGAAACAAAUAAUUCAGCUGGUUCUUUGUAGCUUGUCAAAAAGAAAACCCACGCCUCCUUUUUUAAUUUUAGAACAGUGCUGCACUCUUCUGACUACUCAGAGUUGGUGAUCUGGAUUAUUACCAGUUUGUAGCACUGUAUACUAGAUGCUUGCUUCUUUGUUAUAAUCCAUGUAUUUCUGGCAGCAAAAGAAGAUUAAAAGGAGUAGAAAACUUCAGUUCUUGGUUACAUUCUUGGAGUUCUGGCUCUGCUAGGCUGAAAAGCUCUAAAGGAGCUCCUCUUAAUUUUAAAGGGUUUCUUCUGUCUUGGUACCUCACUGCUUCUGGCUUCAGAAUUCUUAACUUGCUUGGUCUGAUGGUACUGAUGUUUAAGUAAACAGCAGCAUGAAGUAUGUGCCAGAUUGGAUAUACAUUAAUCUGUACUGAAAUUGUCUAGGCUGUUGUCUUUUCUAAAGAGUAACAUAUUUCUGAGAGACAAAUAAAUACAUUUGGGCAUCUUAUCUUGUUGGUGUAUACUUUUGAGUGAAUUUUCACAUCAUUUGUGCCACCCUAUAUAAAAUUUUCAAGUAUCAAUGAAAAUAUUUAUUUCAAGAGUUGUUACGUUAAAAGCUUCUUUAAGCUUACCGUAGUUUAUGCCAUUUUGUUCUAAAACUGGGUUUAACUAGUUGAGGGUUAUAAGUUCUUGCAGGAAGGCUAGACAACCUCUAACCUCUUCUAAUAUCUUUCUCAAAGCAAAGUCAUACCAGGUUGUCCUGGCCUCGAUGUAGUAUUCUGGUCUUAAACAUUCAGCGGCAGACUGGCUCACAGGAAAAUUGUUUCAAUGCCUGACUGUCCCUGUGAGCAUUUAUCUAGUCUGAACCUCUCUAAUUUAUGUCCGUGGUGUCUCAUUUUCCCACUGUGUAGCACUACAAAGAAUGCCUCCAUUUUGCUUGUGUAGAUUAGCUGGAAGUGUAAAGCUUGAGUACCAACCUUUGGAAGUUGAAAGAAGCGAAGCUUCAGAACAUAAGUUGAUUGCUGACUUGUUUGGGUUGUUAACUGACCUAUUUAACCUGGAACCACCGUAAUUUUCCUGUUCAGUCACUUGCAGAACAAGUCAGUGUGGACUGUAAAUCCACUUAAAGCCACUUAAUCUCCAGCAUAUUCUCUUCUAAACUUAAAACACAACUACUGGUGUGUUUCCAUGGCCUGUUGGUUUCAUGCUUCUAGUAUCAAUCAAAACAUAUGGUGAAAACUCAUAGCAAAAUGUGAUUUCAUGUUCAGUUGGCUUGAGAUCAGUAAGCUUAAUGGACCCAUGUGAUGAUAGGAAGGAUUUUCACUACUAGAAAGGUCAAUUCUUUAUCUAGUGUGUUUAAAAUUAGACUGUUCAUAACACUGAUUCCUUGAAUAUCUACCUGACUAUGGAAAUUACCAGAUGAAAUAGACUUCAGGGUGUUGGUUUUAUUUUUUUAACCAUGCAACUACUGUGCUUUUUCUUAUUCUUAGUUUUCAAACUCACAGCAGAAUGAAAAUCAGGUUGAAGCUUUGGGACUUCACCUGAAUGCAUGAAUCUUCACUGUCUUGUGACAAUGAAACCCUGUGCAGAUUAGUUUUGAAUAUCUUAAUUUCUACUUGAAAAGCUACUGCCAUUUAUACUUAAGUGAUUUCCUUCUCCUGUGUACAGCUUGCUUACUUCUGAAAUUCUAAGUGAAUAUGGAAUGACCAAGAUUGUCAAACUGUAUAGUAGUUUUGAUAUGUUAUUGACUGGAGAAACUGAGCCUGAGUGUUCAGGAAACACAAUCUACAAAGAUCAAUCAUACUGGAUAUGAAACCUGUUUUUAAUUAACCCAGAAUCUCUGGUUGGGGAAGAUUUCUGGAAGUUUAGACAAUUUAAUAUCAAGCUAGUAAGUUAGUGUGUAACAUCAUUUGUUUUAUGUGUACAGGAUAUAUUGUAGUAAAAUGAUGAUUCUUUUCAAUUUUUUUGUAUGAACAGAGGUCCUACGCUACUUUUCAUUAUCUUUUGCAGUUUGGAGUACAUCAAUCAUAAAAGGGAAAGUACUUGGUUUCUUACUCCCUGUAUUGAAGGAAUGAUUUGAGAUAAGAACUUGAGUAAAAAUCUGAGUCAGUUCUUCAGGUAAAAUGUCUUACUUGUCUUGUUUCCAUCUUAUUUAAUAAAGGCUGAAGAUAGCAUAUAGCUGUUCUGCACUGUAGAUGUGUAGUAUGUCUGUGCAGGUUAUGUAAAGUAUCCUCUAAUCAUUUAAAAAAAGUUGAUUUUGAAAAUUGGCGAAAUUAGUGGUCCUUCUGUAUGUAACUGUCUAGGUGCUACUUAAAUGCAGUGGAAGGAAAAUAAGAGCUAUUUCAAGCUCUGGAGUCCUGUUUAUUUAAAAUUUCUGUUAGUUCAGUUAGUUGUUGAGUCUUAAUAGCAUUCAGUCCCCUUAAAUUAUAUAAAUCUUUGCUUGUAUGUAGUGAUUAAUGGUUGGGAAAUAGUUCUUAUAGACUUACAGCCUGAGUAACUGUUUGAUAGAUGGUGAUGGGGGGAAAUAGUUUUAAAAGAAAUACUCAAAGUGAUAUCAUGGCAUUGAAUGCUGAAGUACAUUGCUUUUAAAUUAUUGCUCCCUUAUCUAUCUUCUAGCUUUAAUAUCUUAAUGACUUUGAUUCUAAAAUGGAGAAAUGACUGCUUCUUUCCUCCUUUACGAUACACUUUACUUGCUAUGGAAACAGUUCUCUAAAUGUGCAUACGCCUUCAUCCUUUGUAUAAUAAGUUACUGGAAAAUCUUAGAAAAAGAGGUGACAGCAUACUUCACAGGAGUGAAAAAUGUAUUAGGAAAGUGCCAGUGAUGUUAAUAAUGAUUCUGAAUUGAAAUAUGUCACUUACUUGGCAGUAUGUGAAAGGUCACUUCAGACAGAGCUCUUUGUUCUGCAGCAGAACUCUAGUUAAAGUAAGGAACAUGCUAGAUUCAGGUUUAUCUAGUGAGGAUUUGGAAGAGAUUAUAUGCAGUCCAGGCACAAUCAUUAGAAAGCUCUGUAAGAUCAGUUCUUUGUUUCCAUUUUUGUCUAAACAAACAUCCCCAAGUGGGGCGGCAGUACUCGAUAUGUUAACUAAACAUGAUAAUGAAUUUUUUAAUGCUAGCUAAAAACAUGCUCAUUCAAUGAAAAGUUACUAGCUUAGGUAUCUUAUGUUCCUUACGUAGUCUCAUAUUAAUAAAUUCUACUAGAUAUUAUCAUUUUGGUCUGUAUACACAGAAUGCUUCCUGCUCUAACCUUAAGAAAAAUUUUAUAGCCUUGGCUUGGAAGAUACACAGGUAGAGGGCCCCCAUCUCAGUACUUCUUAUUUAAUUUCAUUUUUUGACAAAGAUAUGAAAGCUGAGUGUAGUGCUUGUGCACCUUUUCAUUUGGCUUGAAUUCUAGAUGGAAUUAAAAUACGUAUUAUUCCUAGUCUUGUCACCUUUAAUUUGUAAUUCUAAAUAAUUUGAGAGUAAAAGGUAGUAGCUUCAUGUCAUGUGGUGCUUUAAUGUUAAGGGUUUCAGUCUAUUUUUUUAAUGGUUCUUGGAAACAAAACAAAGUAUUCAGUCCUUUGAUAAAACACGAACUUAAAGAAAAUAAUAAAAACUAUUUUUGAACUUAA